AUGUCCUCCUUUCAAUUAGAAUUCAUACAACCGCCACAGCCUGCGACUCUGCGUAAUUUCACAACGCAUUUGUCCUAUGACAGGGGUUCGAACGCGGUCGCUUACCCCUGUGGUAAAUCUGCUUUCAUUCGCUUCUUGGACGACAGCAAAGCGGUUAUUCAGUUUAGUGGACAUGGGAGUUCUAACGUCUCUGUGGUCAAAUUCUCUCCCAUACAAGGUUCGCAAUAUCUCUGCUCGGGAGACGACGCAGGUAGAGUGAUCGUUUGGGGUUGGUCGCGGGAUAGGGACACCGGGAGCUUUGAAACUGCUGUGAAAGCUGAGUUUCAGGUGCUCGCAGGCCCAAUUACUGACGUUUCAUGGGAUUUUGAAGGGAAAAGACUCUGUGUCGUGGGCGAAGGACGCGACAAGUUCGGUGUGUUCAUCUCGUGGGACUCAGGUAAUUCUCUAGGUGAAGUAUCCGGGCACUCUCAACGCAUCAAUGCGUGCCAUUUCAAGCAAUCUCGACCAAUGAGAUGUGUUACGGUCGGAGACGAUGGAUCUGUUGUGUUUUACCAGGGGCCUCCAUUCAAGUUUGCCGCUAGCGAUAGAACACAUCAUGACCAAGGAAAGUUUGUGAGAGAUGUGCAAUUCUCGCCGGGGUCCGGCGAUUUUGCUGUCACAGUUGGCUCUGAUAGGCGGAUCGUGUGCCUAGAUGGAAAAACAGGAGAGUUCAUCAAAUAUAUUGAGGAUGAGAACGAAGAAAUUAAAGGGGGCUUUUUUGCAAUUUCCUGGAUCGACGAGUCAAGAUUUGUCACAGCUAGUGCAGAUGCGACUGUUAGAUUGUGGAGUGUCAAGGAUAGUAAAUUCUUGGGCAAGUGGUUUAUUCCAGGAGACGCAUUAGCAAAUCAGCAAGUGGGAGUCGUUGCCACGAAAAAUGAGCAAAUCAUAUCCUUGUCCCUAGAUGGAACGCUCAAUUUCCUCAAAAUUGGCGAAGAAAGCCCAGUUAAGUUCUUGAGGGGUCAUAACAAAGGUAUCACUGCGUUGACCGUCAAUCCUUUGAUUAGCGGCUCUUACGAUGGAAGGAUUGUCAAUUGGGCUACAAGUCCAGAAACAAUGCGUGAAGAUCACUCUAACCUGGUUGUCGCCAUUGACAAUAGCGAGCCUCCUAAAUACGCGAGUGUCUCAUGGGAUGAUACUUUGAAAGUAUUAAGUGAAACAAAGUACAAAUUUGAAGGUCAACCCAAGGUCUCGAGCUCAGCUAACAAUGGCGGGAUCAUUGCCGUAGCCACAGAUUCUGAUUAUUUAUUGAUUAUGAACUCGUACACUGGUGAAGUACUGCAAAAGAAACAGUUGAGCGAGCCUGCAUCGGCUAUUGACAUAAGAGGCGGACUGGUGGCGGUAGGUCUAGAAAGAACAAACACCAUUGAAGUGUUCAAGACCUCAGACCUAGCGGUGAAUUACAAGCUACCCGCAGCUUUGCGCGCUACACCAUCUUGUGUUUCCAUUUCAGCCACAGGAUCCUAUCUAGCGGCAGGUGAUGUCAUGGGCAAAAUAAUACUUUAUGACUUGAAAACGAAGGAUAUUAAGACUACAAGGUGGGCUUACCACACAAGUAGAAUCAAUUCUAUUGCAUGGAUGCCAGCGAAAAGUGAAGGCGACGAUGAGGAUCUAGUCGCCACUGCUUCUUUGGAUACAAACAUCUUCAUUUAUUCUGUUAAAAGACCGAUGAAGACAAUCAAGUGCUUAAAUGCUCAUAAGGAUGGCGUAAAUGUUGCAUUAUGGGAGAACUCUCAGACGCUUGUCAGCUGCGGGGCCGAUGCUUGCAUCAAGAGGUGGAACAUUUCGGUGGAAUAG